GGGGUCGGUCGGGUCCGCCAUGGCCGCGAACUGCGCGGGGGCCGCGGGGACGGCGGCGGGAGCCGUGGCCGCCGUGGGCUCGGCCCUGAGCGCCAGCAAGACCAAGACCAAGAAGAAACACUUCGUGUGCCAGAAGGUGAAGCUGUUCCGGGCCUCGGAGCCGCUGCUCAGCGUCCUUAUGUGGGGGGCGAACCACACGAUCAAUGAGCUCAGCAAUGUUCCCGUCCCCGUCAUGUUAAUGCCCGAUGACUUUAAAGCCUACAGUAAGAUUAAGGUGGACAAUCAUCUAUUCAACAAGGAGAACCUGCCCAGCCGCUUCAAAUUCAAGGAGUAUUGUCCCCUGGUGUUCCGGAACCUCCGGGAGAGAUUUGGGAUCGAUGACCAGGACUACCAGAACUCGGUGACACGCAGCGCCCCGGUGAACAGCGACAGCCAGGGCCGCUGCGGCGCGCGCUUCCUCACCACCUACGACAGGAGGUUCGUCAUCAAGGCCGUGUCCAGUGAGGACGUGGCAGAGAUGCACAACAUCCUCAAGAAGUACCACCAGUUCAUCGUGGAGUGCCAUGGGAACACGCUGCUGCCGCAGUUCCUGGGCAUGUACCGGCUCACCGUGGACGGGGUGGAGACCUACAUGGUGGUCACCAGAAAUGUCUUCAGCCACCGGCUGACCGUGCACAGGAAGUACGACCUGAAGGGCUCAACAGUAUCCAGGGAAGCAAGUGAUAAAGAGAAGGCCAAGGAUCUCCCAACCUUCAAGGACAACGACUUCUUGAAUGAGGGUCAGAAGCUGCAUGUUGGAGAAGAGAGUAAAAAGAACUUCCUUGAGAAGCUGAAGCGGGAUGUGGAGUUUUUAGCCCAGCUGAAGAUCAUGGAUUACAGCCUGCUGGUGGGCAUCCACGACGUGGACCGGGCCGAGCAGGAGGAGAUGGAGGUAGAGGAGCGGGCAGAGGAUGAGGAGUGUGAGAAUGAUGGGCUGGGGGGGAACCCCAUCUCCUCCUACGGGACCCCCCCCGACAGCCCCGGCAACCUCCUCAACUACCCCCGGUUCUUCGGGCCCGGGGAGUUCGACCCCUCCGUGGAUGUGUAUGCCAUGAAGAGCCACGACAGUGCCCCCAGGAAGGAGGUUUAUUUCAUGGCCAUCAUCGACAUCCUCACACCCUACGACACCAAGAAGAAAGCUGCACACGCUGCCAAGACAGUGAAACAUGGGGCUGGGGCCGAGAUCUCCACGGUGAACCCCGAGCAGUACUCGAAGCGCUUCAACGAGUUCAUCUCCAGCAUCCUGACAUAGGGGCACAUCUUGCCGUAGGGCUGCAGGCAGGCCUGGGGGCUGCUCCUGCAGCCUGGGACAGCACAGACACUGCAGCAGCACCGGGGCACACCUGUGGCACCGUGUGGGGCACGUGUGGCACCGUGUGACAAAACCCAUCCUCAUCCUCGCUGCGCCCGCUGCACCUCUGGGUUUGGCGUUCCAGAAGUGCCCAGAUCUCAGAUUUGAGGGCUUUUCCCAACAAGCCAAGUGCAUUGUUCCAGCACUGCGCUUUCUGCCCAGUGACGUUUUCUCCUCUCUGCUGAGGGGCUGGGACACGUGUGGCACUGUCCCCGAGGGGUCACAUUCAGCAGUGCCUGACUCACAAACCACUCCUUGUUUUUUGUGUUGUUGGUGUUGUUGUUUUAUUGGACUGGCUUGGCCAGAAAAAGAAAAAAAAAACCUUUAUUUCCCUCUCGGUAGGAAUUGGAAGGAAAAUAGCUCACCAUUUCAAGGAUGGAAAAUAUAACUCUGAUAAAAAGGAGGAGUCGCUGAACUUUAGGUAAAUUCAAACUGGGACACUUUAUAUUUUUUUGGUUAAUUUAAGUAACGAAAAAGAAAAGGAAAAAAAAAACAAACCACUUUUUUGUAACUGCACUUGAUUUACAAGAAAGAUGAGGGAAAUGACCACCUACCAAAGAUGAUGUCUGAAAACAAAAAAAAAAGGUGUAACUCCUAAAAGCUAAAAACAAGCAGAGAACUGAGAGAGGCAUUGACCAACCUCAUCUCAUUAUGUGCUCGGACCUGGGGUGAUUUUAAUUGGCCAGCUCUGAAGAUUUCCUUGAAAGAAGAGAAAAAAAAAAAGAUUUUAAAAAAGGCAUUUUUGUACCUGUAGAUCCAGGCUAAGAUUUUGGGCCACUUCCUCAGCCUCUGAGGUCACCAUCACAAUCCUGCCAGUGUUAAUUAGCUAAUUAAUUAUUCAGUCUUCCUUCCCCACCUCACCUGCAACAGGUACUUGAAUCUGUGUCCCGACAGAGGUUGCUGGGUUGGUUUUUUUGUGUUUUAUUUUUAAAAAAUGUGACUUGCACAGAAGGAAUUGGCCUGGCUGCCAGGGGGGACUGCUGGAGGCUGGGCUCAUCCUGCUCCCAACCCCCUGAGUGACCCUCCAGGAGUGGAAAUGGUUGAACUCUCACACCAGAUUUCUUUUCCAGCCUCCCCCUUGAAGGAUUUUGGGACUGAUUGGAGUGACUGAAAUCGUCCUGUUUUGUCUCCUUUAACCCUUUCACAGCCAAGCUCGGCAGCCUCGCUGUGGGUUUCAUUAGCUCUGCUGCACAACAGAACUUUUGGUUCUUUGUUUUGGGAUUUGUUGUUUGGUUUUUUUAAUUUUAAUUUCCUUUCUCUUUUUAAGCAGGAUUUAGAGUCUUGAACAAACCUCUUUGCAGUUGAAACAUGUUGCUUAAUCUGCCUUGGAACUGUUUUUCACACAUGCCUUUGUUUGGGGAAUAAGCUGUUGGGAGUGUCUGUCCUGUGCUGUAACAGUUCUUGCUGUGUGGAAUUUUGGUCCUUUUUGAGACAUAACUGGUGCUCAUCACACCCUGGUAAUUCCUCUAAAUUAACCCUGCCUCUGGCUGUAUUCUGAAUGCAGGGUUUGGGGGAUUUUUUUGGUUUUAUUUCCUCUUCACCCCCUCCCCAUUUCCCCUCCUGAUGUGAAUCCCCCCCACAGGUCUCACCUUGGGAGGGGCUGAAAUUGAAGCCCCUGAGGGUGCACUGUAAAUAGAAUUUUGGAGAAAUGAAAAAUUAGGGGUCCUGAUGGGAUUUGAGGAUUUUUGGUCCUUUCCUUUGGCGUGGCACAAAUUUCUGCUGUCCCUUUGGUGUGGGAGGCUGGAGGGGUUUUAGGCUGUGCAGCUGGAAAAGCCACGACCCAAAUGCAGCUAAAAAAUACUUUAAGAGAAAAAAAAGGGAGGACUUAAAGGGCAUCAUCAGCUUCAUUUUGUGGGCAUUAUAUUGGUUGCUUCUCUCUUAAUAAGCACUUAAGUUUACUGCUAAUUAGGAAUUAAACACCAAUCACUUUUUAUUCUUGACAGUUAAAAAAAAAUCUGCAAUGAAUCUGCAACUUUGACCUGGUAAGUUUGCCCUUCUCCUUUUGGGGAAAGUAGCUUGGAAGUUGUUUUAUCUUGAAAUCAUCUAUUAAAAAAAAAACAAACAUAAAUAAAUAAAAGGAUAAAAAGGGGAGAGGAAGAGAGCAGGAGGUGGGUGAACACCACAGAGCAAACCCAGAGAAAGGAGAGUGAAGAUGGCAAAAAAAUCUCCUUUAUUGAAUUCCAGAAUAAUGAAUAAGGAAUCCAAUCAAAAACCAGGGAAUUCCUGCAGAAAUCCUUACAGAGUUCUGACAAAAAUUGAGAGCAGGAAAUAUUUUCUUAUUCCAAACUCCUGCUGGGAUUAAAUUUGGCUGUUCCAGGUGAAUCUGGGGGGGUCCCACAAAGAUUCUGCCCCUUCUGUCCAGUUGCCAUAUUGUGUAUUAAAGUGAUUAAAUGCAAUUUUCUCACCUAAUGAUGUAUUACGCAGGUAUGUAACUUUGUUUAACAGAAGCAUUUUUGUAUAUUGUUUACAUUUGCAGAAGUAGCAUUACCUUAAAAAUGCUAAAUUUUGUUUCUAGACAGUAUUUUUUAUUACCAGAACAAGAAGCGAAGCUGCAAAUAUCUUGAUUUGGUUUUAAAAGGGACUUUUUCUUUCUGUUUGUUUUCUUUUCUUUUUGCUUUGCUUUGUUUUGUUUUGUUGGGUUUUUCUUUUUCUCUUAAAUCUUGUUUUAGGUCACUUUUUAACUCAAGUAUUUAAAAACAAAA